AUGGCCAAGAAGCGGAAGCUCGGGUCGAUCAACCACAAGAGCCACUUCGUGGACACUGUGAAGAAGAAGACGGGCGGCGCACCGCAGAACAACAAUGGCAAGAACAACAACAAGAAGAAGAACCCAAAGAGCGCUCAGGCCACCGAGAGCGACGCCAAGAAGAAGAAGGCGCAACAACAGUAUCACCAGAACCAGGAGCCCGUGAUCCCGUUCUCCAAGGAAGAUGCCAUCCUGCUAAUCGGCGAGGGCGAUCUCAGCUUCGCAGCGAGCCUUGCGACGCACCACGGCUGCCGUAACCUGACUGCGACGGUCCUCGAGAAGAACGAGCGGGAGCUGCUGGAGAAGUACCCCCACGCCGUGGAGAAUAUUGCGCAGAUCAACGGGACUGCCUCUACCACAAAACCUACCAAGUCAAAAGGAGCAAAGGGCGAGGGCGAAGGCGACGUCGAGAACGACCAGAAUGAUAGCGAGGGACCCGCCGAGGCCGAGUCACCAGAGGCAAAAGAAGAGGAGGAGGAGGAAAUCGACGAAGACGACGACGAGAAAUACAAACCCCCCGUCCAGAACAAUAACAGGGUUCUCUACAACAUCGACGCCCGCUCCAUGAAACCCUUCACCCGCAAAUCCGCCCCGAACCACCGCGGCUUCCACAUGUCGGCCCCGACCAAAACCGGCAUCUUCAACCGCAUCCUCUUCAACUUCCCCCACGUCGGCGGCAAGUCCACCGACCGCAACCGCCAGGUCCGCUACAACCAGGAGCUCCUCGUCGCCUUCUUCACCUCGGCCCUGCCCAGUUUGGCGCCCAAGGGCACCAUCGUCGUGACCCUGUUCGAGGGCGACCCGUACACCCUCUGGAACGUCAAGGACCUCGGCCGCCACGCGGGCCUGCAGGCGCUGGAGAGCUUCAAGUUCCAUUCCCGCGCGUACCCGGGUUACAAGCACGCGCGGACGGCGGGUGUGAUACGGGAGAAGAAGACGGGGGAGGCGAGCGGGGCGGCGUGGAAGGGGGAGGAGAGGGCGGCAAGGAGUUUUGUGUUUAUGCGCAAGGACGAGGCGCCCGAGGUGCAGUCUACCCAGAAGAAGAAGAGGAAGCGCGGCGGGGAGGAGAGCAGUAGUGAGGACGAGGUUUCUGAGGUGGAAAUGGAGGAGGAAUUUGAUGAGACCGGGGGAUGGGUUGGCCAGUAA